UUUGCUCAGCUCUGAGGUAGAGAGAGGAGGGGGAGAGAGAGAGAGAGAGAGAGAGAGAGAGAGAGAGAGAGAGAGAGAGAGCUAACUGAAAGCUCUCAUUCUAGGGUUUCUUCGGCAAGUAAUCCCAUUUUGCCAACCCGGAUCGACCCGAGAAGUGGUUUAAUUGUUAUAAGUUUCUUCUCAUCAAUAUUUCGAGGUUUCAACUUCUUCAGCCUCUUUCAGCAGAUCUUUGAAAAGGGGGAAAAAAAAAAGGAAAAGAAAAUGCAUUUCUUACCAGAAUUGGUUUAUUGCUUUGAAGACUUUGAAGGUACAUAAUCUACCGUCACAAGUUUCUCUUUCAUGAAACUCAAUGGUGCCAGAGGGCUAGUGUAGCCAUGGACUGUUUUCAGACCAUCAGUCGGCUUAAGGGUUUAUUUUGCCAGCAGCUCUUAUUUUUCAUUAUCUGGUUAUCACGAUUUCAAUAUGUAGUCGCAUCACAGAUGUUGCCCAAGCCUAGUCACGUAACCUCCAUUUCUGAGUUGGCCAAUCCACCCGGUACUGGACUUUUUGAUCCUAUUGAAAUAUCUCCUGCUGUCAUUCCACACAACCCAUUUCCGAGUGAACCUUUGCCUCCUAUGUACCCUACUUUUCCCACUACGUACGAACCCAAUUUAACUGGGAAAUGCCCUGUAAAUUUCUCCGCUAUAUCGAGUAUCAUGGGCAAAACAGCAUCUGAUUGUUCUCAGCCUUUGGCACCACUUGUAGGAAAUGUAAUAUGUUGUCCACAGCUUGGUAGUUUACUCCACAUCUUCCAGGGUUUCCAUGGCAUCAACUCUGAUUUCUUGGUUUUGCAAAAUGCAGCUGCUAAUGAUUGUUUUUCAGAUAUUGUUAGUAUUUUAGUGAGCAAAGGUGCCAACACAACAAUAUCCACACUUUGUUCUGUAAAACCAUCAAAUCUAACAGGAGGUUCUUGUCCUGUAAAAAAUGUCAGUGCCUUUGAGAAGAUUGUUAACACAAGCAAAUUAUUGGAUGCCUGUGGCACAAUUGAUCUGCUUAAAGAGUGUUGUAGACCAAUUUGCCAACCUGCCAUUAUGGAAGCUGCUCUUCAGAUCUCAGGGACACAGUUGACCAUGAAUGAAAAUAAAAAUGUAGUGGGGGAGCCUAAUCAUAUUGACACUAUUACUGAUUGCAAGGGGGUGGUGUAUUCAUAUCUUUCUAAGAAACUCUCAGCAGAUGCUGCCAAUACUGCUUUCCGAAUAUUAUCUUCCUGCAAAGUGAACAAGGUCUGCCCUUUGGAUUUUAAGGAGCCCUCUGAAGUUAUCGAAGCAUGCCACAAUGCAGCCGCACCUAAUCCUUCAUGCUGUAGUUCUUUAAAUGCCUAUAUUGCUGGGAUACAAAAGCAAAUGUUAAUCACAAACAAACAAGCCAUAAUCUGUGCAACUGUUUUUGGAACCAUGUUAAGAAAGGGGGGUGUCAUGACAAAUAUUUACGAUCUUUGUGACAUUGACUUGAAAGAUUUUAGCAUCCAAGAAGCCUAUGGACAAGAAGGGUGUCUACUUCGGAGCUACCCCGUGGAUGUAAUAUUUGAUAAUUCAACAGGAUAUAGUUUUACCUGUGACUUGGCGGAUAAUAUUGGUGCACCAUGGCCUUUGUCAUCCUCAAUUUCAUCCCUGUCUUUUUGUGCCCCUGAGAUGUCAUUGCCUGCCUUGCCAACAUCACAGACUCUUAAAAAUUCUGGGUACCAUGAAAGUAUGUUGGAAGUGGUGAUGUCCAUUUUUUCAUUUUUUGCUUUCAGUGCAUUGUUGUACUGAUGAUGAAGAGAGUUGUGAUUUUAGCUGAGCAGCCACUUUGGUUAUUGACUUUGUUGGUGUGGGAAACUUUUACUUGUAUAUUUCUUUUUGUUUUUCCAUUUUUCUUUUUUACCAACCUUCCAUGUAUAGCAGCUUCUUCUUCUUCUUCUUCUCUCUUUUUCUGUGAUUUGGUGGUUUAUAAUAUUCUUGUGGUUAUAUCUAGUUUGCUUUGUAA